AUGUUCCGACACCUCCUUCGGGCUAUUCCUAGACUUCAGCCUCAAUAUAUCCAAAAUUCAAUCCCGAUCGUGCGCCAAAUGAGUACCGUACAGACUCCCACUGUCUCUCCUUUCACCACGGCCGUGGUCUCGUCCAUGCGAAGACUCUACCCUGAAGUUUUGGCAGACAAAUCCUUCGAUAACACGGGACUUCUGGUGGAAGCUCCUUUUGUCGCUUCCCGACCGCGAAAUCGCAACUCGGUGCUUUUGACCGUCGACCUCACACGCGCCGUGGCCGACGAGGCAAUUGAGAACAAACACUCAGUGGUCGUCGCGUACCACCCCAUCAUCUUCAGAGGCUUGAAAUCCUUCACGACAGGUGAUACGCAACAAUUGUCUAUGGCGCUUCUCCUCGCCCAUGGUAUCAGCGUGUACUGUCCUCACACCGCCGUCGAUAUCGUCCCUGAUGGUAUGGCCGAUUGGCUAUGCGAUAUUGUCACAGGAAAGAUGGAUGCUCCUGAACCAGAAGCCGACUCCAGGUCCUCAACAAAACCUACAUCCCUUUUCGCCGAAGGCCUCGACCAAGACAAAGACGCCCUCUCCGACCCAUUCACCACACCUACAGCGGCAACAAAAUCAAAACACCCCCGCCCGCCGGCGCCACACAGAACGUACUCGAAACCAACAUAUCUACGGCCCACAUCCAGCUUCCACGCCGUCGUGGUCCCGCAUACGCGAAGUGUAGUUGUUCCAUCUCCGCCUGCGUCCCUUGAGGCAGCGAACAAGCCCGCCUCUAUCCUAGAUACCAAUUCGCCUAAAUAUACGCCUUUCAACACCGGGGCCGGCCGCUUCAUAGAAUUCGCCUCCCCUCAACCGUUGACCGUUCUCAUCACACGCAUCGCCCACGCAAUCGGCCUGCCCAAGGGUUUCGCAGUCGCUAUUCCACAAGGCCGAGGGAUCGAAAACAUCCAGAUCGCCACCGUCGCAACAUGUCCCGGCAGCGGCGCCAGUGUGUUACGGUCUUGCCACGCCGAUCUGAUCUUCACAGGCGAACUAAGUCACCAUGACGCCCUCGCCGUGACGGAGCGCGGAGGCUGUGUGAUCGCGCUGUUCCACUCGAACUCGGAACGCGGGUAUCUCUGGAGCGUGAUGCGUGAGAGACUCGAGAAAGAAGUCAAGAGUGAGUGGGAGCGCGUCAGGAGUCAGAAUCGUGGAGAGAGUGGGAAGAACGGUGUUCCUGAGCAGAUUACGGAGAUGCUGGAUGAUGAUAGUGUUGGAGUCGUAGUGAGUCAGAGGGAUAGAGAUCCCUACGGUAUUGUCGUCCUGGAUGAGACGGCUGUAGAGAGUCACGGCAUGGUUUGUAUCGCAACGGGAAACGGGGAUGAAGCCGAUACCGCGAUGAAUGCGGACUCCAGCUCCGAGAUGGAACAUGCUCUCAACCUGUGCCGACGUGGAGCACCGCCGAGAUGGGAUAGGUACAAAAUGACCCCAUAUACGGACGAAGAAGCUCUUGCACAGAAGGUGUCGUCGAGUCCCUGGCUGUCCGAUACAGGAAUCUGA